CAGCGCGACCCUUCCUUGGGUUCCUGGACCCCUGACCCUCUCCUGGCACAGAGGCAGAGAAGGCAUUGCUCUGCGCCGAGGGUGGCUGACCUCCCGCUGCCGCUCCUGCAGCUCAGUCCUCUGUGAGUGGAUCAGGCUGUGCUCCAAGGUCUAUCCCAAUCCCAAACCUGAGGAGUUGGGCGUCCAAAGGCUUCCUGGAGGUGGAGGGAGAACCAGACGCCACCAGGACUACACUGUGUCCGGGAUCCUCACUCGCCCCAGGGCCACCUCGUCCUGAUCUCUGCGGGCGGCGGUGGAUGGAGCCCCGCAGCACGGCUCCUGGUGUUCUUGAGAUUCUGGAAGCAGCGAGGACAUUUCCAAGGUCAAGGCAUGAAGGUUGCUGUGUUGGACCUUGGGUCUCUCUUUGCCAAAAUCUUCAAGACUUCGACGGCAUCCCCCGAGGUCCCCUCGCUGGUCUCCUCCUCCGGCCACUCGGGAGGCGCUGCUGCCUCGGGAUCAGCGGGCUCUGGCGCGGGCACCUGGCUUAGCACCACCCCGACCCUAACCCUCUUACCCUCGCUAGCUCCAGACUCUUCCUCCGCCUCGCGUGGCGCGCCCACCACGCUACACCCUCUGCUCACCGCCUCCUACCCCAGGGUCUCCGCCACCAGUCGUGCGGCAGAAGCCGUGGGGUCCCCCUUCUCAUUACCCGGUAGCCCAAGAACACCCAAAGUCCAGCCUCUGCUCCUGCCCCACUCCGGCGGCGGCUACAGUGCCACCAGCUCCCCCGCCCACCUGGUGGCUCUGGCGCAGCCACCCCCUGGCUCUGGAGGGGUCUGGGCUGCUCUGCCCUCUGUCGCGGGCCCGGCCAGCAGCAGCGGAGGUAUAGUCGCGAGUCCACAAAACCCUCGCCAGCCUGGCCGCGGAGAGCGAGAGCCCAGCGCUUGGAUCGCCUCUGGGCCUGGCCCCAAAACACUGGUCCUCACCUUGCCGGACAUCGGUGAGGAGUGGACCUCAGACAGCGACUCGGAGGACAUCAUCGGAGAAGGAAGAGGACUGUCAGAAAGUUCUAGAAAGCAUAGUUUUGCUGUGAAAAGCAAAGAUCCUUUACCUCCACAUUUUACAAGAAAUGUGCAGAAAGCCAUUGAUAAAUAUACCUGCAGUGAAUCCUCAUCAUCAUUUUCAUCCCGCGGAAGCUGCACACCCACAAGAGCCCACGAGUCAUGGUCAGGGUCUUCAACCCGGAGUUCUACCACUGGCCUGUCUACAGAGAGGAGCUCAGUGUAUUCUUGGAGAGAUGAUGAGUUUGACAAAGCCAAUGCACAGAAAGUGCAGCAGUUGUUUUGGGAGGUCGAGGAAAUGCUAUUUGAGGGGAAAGUAAGCCCUCGGACCCAGAAUCUAGUGGCUGAGUGUGGUGAGUGGGCAAGAAGAUCCCUCCAUCUGAGAGUAUUAGGAAGACAGCUCAUCCUGCCAACUGACGAAGGGUUCCAACACUUCCAGGGAAACAUGCCUAGUUCUGCUGGCCACAAACUCUUACCUGAAGCCCCAGAAUGUGGCAGCAACAUCAGGCAGUUGUGCAUCUCUGGUUCUCAAAUAGUCCCAGCAACAUUCUCAGCUUCUGCCCUGCCAGUCCCUGAAAGCUCAGGGACUGCUCACAUAACAGCAUGUCCAUCCCUGGAAGAAGAGGUUUACGAUGUGGAUGGAAAGAUGGAAGAAUAUUUUGCUUUUGACCAAAAAGAGGAUGGUGAUGAACAUCUUGAACGAAAACCAGCUCACUGUGGCAGGAAGUGGCGUAAGAACGGACUUCCUCCUGUUUCCCCUCAUGACUGUAUCAGAGAUGCUGUGGCGGCAGAGGUGUUUGAUCGUGUCUGGACAUAUGUGGUAGAAAUAUUAGAAGAACUGAUCAGAAAGACCUGGGCAGCUACACUCAAAGGAGGACAAAAACAGAAACAAAAGUUGAAAGUAACUGAAAAUAGACUCCCACAGGUCCUCUUCUCCCGGCUUAGCACCGAAGUGGCCAGCGUCCCCCCAUCCAGGGGUUCUGAAACUCGAAGCUUGCCCCUGGCUUCUCAUCCGAAUCCACCCCAGAUUCAUCGCUUCUCCAACAAUUUCUACAGUGAUUUGAAUGGUGUGAUGACGAUUCAAGCCAAACCGCUCCAGCAGAGGCCCACGUAUUUUGCAGAUAGAACACAGAAUGAACAAGAGGACAAAUCAUCUGGCGUGGGUGCCAGUGGUCUGUCCUCUGCAAAGCUCCGCCUAGCCAGAAUCUCAGAUCCUCGUGGAUUACAGACUCCGGCCAGGAAAACACCAGUGCACCGGAGGCUGCCUUCCCUUACUUCAGAUUCACAGAGACUAAAAACCCCCAAUGUGUAUAGUGAUGAAAUUCUUAGGGGAACAAAACUGCAAACUGGCAUAGACCACGUGUCUUCCCUGCCAGUUCAAACCUCCUGGAGCAGGUUGCCCCCAAUAGGCUCAGAGGCUGGGGAGCAGAUCACAGCUGUUUCCGGAUCCCGCUCUAUUUCCUACAGGGGAAGGUAUCCCCAAAACCGCGUGUUAAGUGCAAUGCCUGAUGGCAUAGAAAGAUCCCCUCUCCGAGAAAGAACCAUUACCCUGGAUCAGCUUUCAAGGCCCAACACGACCCAUACAUUCCGGUCGGAUACACCUCGAAAAGGCUUAUUGACACCGAUGGAAUUUUCUGGUCACACAUGGACAGGUCAAAGUAUUUUGACAGGUUCACAAUAUCUGCCUAAAUCUUUUCAGAGGACAACUGUGACUUCAAGAAAGAGGUUCCAAGUGGCAUCUUGAUAUUACUUCACCAGACCUGUGGACUCACUGGAGCAUCCAAAGCCUCAGCAUGCCAUUUUUCACUUGAAAAGUAGAAAAACAAGUAUUAUAUUAUUUAUCUGUUUAUCUGACAGUCUGCCGUGUUAGACUACCUGAGUGAAAUGCAAAUAAAUAAGUAAUUUCAUUUUGAACACUUUGCAUUCUAAAGAGAAUUAAAGUCAGAGUCACUAAUCUUCUUUACUGGGAGCAUUCCUGAAGUUCUUCAGGCUUUGCUCAGAGAUCUAAUACGUGUCUAAAUUCCCUCACUCAGUCAGUUAUGCACACAGCAAGUGUGUGCCUGAGUGUGCGCAUGUAUGCGCACUCUAAUAAUAUAUGGGCGUGUUACCUAGGUCUAUGCCAUUUUGUAACUUUGUACCUUGAUUUUUUUAAAAUCUCAUUCUCUUAAUAAUUCCAUCAAAAUCCUAAUCACUAAUAGAUCUAACUUCCUUCUUAAAAAAAAUAGUAAAGUGGUAUUUGAGACAAUCAGUCCCAUUUGGAAAAGAUUCCAAUUAUUCUAGUCAUUGUGCCGACUUUCUUACAUCUGUUUAAAAGUCUUGAGCUUCUUUGAGAAAUGUCAGUGGGUAAUUUUAAGCCAGUUGUUUGCUACUAGUUUUUAUUUCAAAGUCAGGCAUUACAUUUGAUUUGAAAGUCCUCGUAUUUAUAGAUUUUUAAAGCUGAAUACAAACAUAAUUAAAACCUGUUGAAUACGGCCUCAUCCUUACUAUUUCAACCAGAGUAUCCAUGCCCUAGAGGGAAGGCUUUAUAGCAGCAUUUUCCUUACAUACCACAAUCUGAUCUUUGCUCUAAUGUCACCUCUGCAAUGAAGUCCUCACCCAGCCCAUUUGCUUAAAGCAGCGGCUCCCUUCACCCUCUGUCUUCUUGCCCUGUUUUAUUUUUCUCAGCGUGUUUUCCCAUCUGGCAGUACUGUAGAAAAUGGAGUGGAGAACGGAAAGGAGAAAUAUCAAUUGGAAGCAAAGCUGAUUUAUAGUGAUUUAAGUCCUUGUGUUCAUCUCAGAUCAGCAUAAUUUUUUCUCUGCUAUCAGAUAAUAAUACCUUAUCAAUCUAAUUUUCACUAAUCAAAGUUAAACUUUAUACAUAAACACAUGUGUAUCAUAUAAAUGUGUGAUAAAUUUAUAUUCAGGCAUUUCUGGCUCUAAGGAGUGGGGAUUAUUCUCUAUUUAGAGAUGUUCAGAAAGUAAAAAGCAUCCUGAGACUAGAAUUAGUGUAUGUGCUUUUUGGUUUUUAUUUUUGUUAUCACAGAAAAAUAAAACAAAAAUAGCCCCAGAGUCUUGCCUGAAAUUUGAUGAUUUCUCCAUUAUAUGCUCCACUCCAUUUUCAUAGCCAGGGAAUAGGUUAGGGAGUGGAAAUGAGAAGGAUGAUUAUAUAUUUACCUCUUUUGGGGUGGCUAAUAUAGGGACCUCAACUCCCUAACUCCAGGGAAUAUUCCUAAUGCUUAGUGUCCCACACCAAGAAGACCAACGCAUUUUAAGAAUUUUCUAAAUUACUCAAUCUUAGCUAUGGAAACUUUUAAGAGAAAACACCAGUCUCCGUUCAGCCGUUCUUUAGCUUGAGUAAUUUCUAGAUGGGUGAGUGGUCUGGAGCCCCUGUUUGCAGACUCCCUUGUUGCUCUCUGGUCCACCAGAGCUUCUAGAAGAGCUGUCCAUUCUUCUCUCUCACAACCAUUCAGGCAAUUGUAUAUUAAUCUCUAGACACUUCCAACUGCUUCCCUAUUCAGACAUCUUAAAGCGGGGGUGGUGGACAGGCAGUCUACACUAACCAAAAGUUCAGGCAACCAAGAUAAAUUCUUUUUUCUUAGAGAACCACUGAGUCUCUUUAUUAUUUUUAUAAUGGCAAAAUAUACUUUGAAAAAUAGAACUGAAUACAAUGAUAGUGAAUUUUAGCUUCUAAACAUUUUGAUUACAAGAUUAAGUUCUGUUAGAGAUUACAUAAGGACUUGGUUCACUUAUUAAUUCUAAAAGUGCUGUUUCCAUAGUAAUUUUUUUUACACUUGUGUAAAAGAUAUUUUAUUUAUAGAUUAAAUGAGAUUUAGAGGUUAGUACCUGAUCCUUAUAUCAAGGAUCGUGCUUUUUAAACUAAUAAGAUAAAAAUUAGCGCAGCAUUUUCACAAUGACCUAUUUUGAUAAAAGAAUAUCUUAGAAUUUUUCUGCUAAAAAUUGAAAAGAGACAAAUUUAAUUAUUUCUGAGAUCACCUGAAACCAAAGAAGGAAUGGAAAAUAUUUUAAAUAAUCUAGGCAAAUCUAAAAUAUCACAGAAAACUGUUAGAUUUUAUAAAGUUAAUAUAAAAGGAAGCAUCCAUAUUAUUAUUGUGAACUUGAGUGGAAUUUCUAUACCUAUUGAGAUGUACAUUUCUAUAUAUAAAUCAUUUCAGUAUAUUUUUUGUUUUCAUUGUUUUCUUAUGACUACUGAUCAUUGUUCAGGAUUUUUAAUUCUUUAACUUUUAAUAAAAUAUCAAAGUGUU